GUGACUAACCACUGAAUCCCUGUAAUGCAGCAGAACUGAUAAUCCAACCAACCAGAGGCAUCAUGGCUGCUGGACUGAGGCCAGUGAUUUUGCUGCUGUUGCUGCUGUGUUGUUGUCAACCAACCACGACCAAAGAGGGAAAAUCCACUAAGAAGGGGAAAAAAGGAAAACAAGUUGUCUGUCCAUCCCAGUUGUCUCCAGAAGAUUUGGCCCAGGUUCCAGCUAACUCCACCUCCAACAUCCUGAACCGUCUGAUGGUCAGCUACGACCCCAGAAUAAGGCCGAACUUUCAAGGUAUCCCAGUUGAGUCCAGGGUGAACAUCUUCAUCAACAGCUUUGGGUCCAUCCAGGAGACCACUAUGGACUACAGAGUGAAUAUAUUUCUCCGUCAGAGGUGGAAUGACCCUCGUCUACGACUUCCUACUGACUUUAAGAGUGAUGCACUAACUGUUGACCCCAACAUGUUCCAGUGUUUGUGGAAACCAGACCUUUUCUUUGCCAAUGAAAAGAAUGCAAACUUCCAUGAUGUCACACAGGACAACAUUCUGCUCUUCAUCUUUAGGAACGGAGAUGUCUUGAUUAGUAUGAGGCUGUCUGUGACGCUGUCUUGUCCCUUGGAUCUCACACUCUUCCCAAUGGACACACAGCUGUGUAAGAUGCAGCUGGAGAGCUUUGGCUACACCACCAGUGAUCUGGUCUUCAUGUGGCAGUCUGACCCCGUUCAGAUGGAUGAGAUUGCUCUGCCUCAGUUCGACAUCAAACAGGAAGACAUUAAAUAUGGAAACUGCACAAAGUACUACCAAGGAACAGGAUACUACACCUGUGUUGAAGUGAUCUUCACACUGCGUCGGCAGGUUGGUUUCUAUAUGAUGGGAGUCUAUGCUCCAACUUUGCUGAUCGUGGUUUUGUCCUGGUUAUCGUUCUGGAUAAACCCUGAUGCUUCAGCUGCCAGGGUGCCACUGGGUAUUUUAUCAGUGCUCUCCCUGUCCAGUGAGAGUAUGUCCCUGGCAUCAGAGCUACCAAAGGUUUCCUACGUGAAGGCCAUCGAUAUCUGGCUCAUUGCCUGUCUGCUGUUUGGGUUUUCGUCCCUAGUGGAAUAUGCUGUGGUGCAGGUGAUACUGAACAGCCCCAAACUGAUUGAGGAGGAGAAAACCAAAAUGGCCACCAAGGAGAAAGCUCUGAAAGAGAAAGAGGGAAAAAAGCCUUCAGAUAAAACUAACAACACAGUGAAUGGUACAGGUGGAACACCCAUACAUGUCAACACUCUGCAGGUGGUGGAAACUCGCUGUAAGAAGGUUUGCACGUCAAAGUCGGACCUUCGAUCCAAUGACUUCAGCAUUGUGGGGUCUUUACCUCGAGACUUUGAACUGUCCAACUUUGACUGUUACGGUAAACCAGUGGAGGUGACUGGGGCCCACAAGUCCCAAAACAAAGCAAACAAGAAACCCCCACCACCCAAACCUGUCAUACCUGCUGCUGCCAAACGCAUUGACCUCUAUGCAAGAGCCCUCUUCCCUUUCUCCUUCCUCUUCUUCAAUGUGGUCUACUGGUCCGUCUAUCUGUAAGGGGGAGGGGGGGGACCAAACUGAACUGACAAUUGACAUUACACAAAUUCAUGUGCUGCUCCACACUAAUAAAUUGAACAUUUCAUGUGUGCCGAGCUGCAGACAGUUACUGCAGCUGCCCCCCCCUUAAUGCAUUAAGUAGACACUGCAUGUGUAUCUGUCUGAUACUUGACAUUGUGCUUAUUAUAAACGAAACCUUGAUGUGAUUACAACAAUACCCCUCCACUGUACAUUAGAAAUCAGUGCUGUUCACUGAGGGUAAGAUUACUGCUAACACUUUAUGUUAAAGGUGUAGAGCUCCUAAAC